AUGAUUCAUAUUACACAAGAUAAAAAAAUAUGCAAUGAAAAAACUUAUAUUGUUGUGCAUUUUCUUAUAAUAUUAUUUGGCAUAUCUUCCUGGAUUGGUAUUAAUGGAAUAUUUAUUCAAAUACCAAUACUUAUUAAUACAUCUCCUGAAGGUUGGUCAUUACCAAUUUAUUUAGUAUCGAUAACUCAAACUGCAAAUUUUGGUCCAUUACUAUAUAUAAUUUUGCAAUAUUUCAAAUGUAAGAUAAAUGAAUCUUGGUGGAUAAUGUGUUUACUGAUGUUAGGAACUUUAGCAAUGGGAUUUCUAAGUUUUUUUUCUUCUGAGAAAACUGUUAUUGCUAAUAAUGAAUAUAGUUUGCUAUUAUUUGUUUUAACAUUUUUCAAUGCCUUAGUAAGUUGCUUUAGUUCUAUAUUAUUUAUGCCAUAUCUUCGUAACUUUAAUAUAAAAUUUUUAACAUCAUAUUUUAUAGGAGAAGGAUUAAGUGGUGUACUGCCAAGUAUUAUUGCCUUGAUACAAAGAAUUGGAUAUAUUUCAGAAUGUACAAUUCUUAAAAAUAAUACCAAUAUAGAACCAUUGAAAUCUUUUGUUUUAAAAUUUUCUCCAAAUGAAUAUUUUCUAUUUAUUUUUAUUAUUUUAUUUUUAUCUUUAGUUGCUUUUGCUAUUUUAGAAUAUUCUUCAGUUUUUCAAAACAUAAAACAAAUUCAUAAUUCUAUCAGUAUAGUACUCAAUGAAAAACAAGGAUAUUCUCAUGAUCAUUGUACUAAUAAUAUUCAAGAAAUGAAACAUUAUUUAGUAAAUAAUAGCAAAUAUUUAACUAAACAAAUACGAAAUUAUUUAUUUAUAUUACUUGCUAUUUUUUGCUUUUUGAGCCAUGGUUUCUUUCCAAGCAUACAAUUUUAUUCCUGUUUACCUUAUGGAAGUAUAGCAUAUAAAUUGUCAAUUAUAUGUGCUCAAAUUGCAAAUCCACUUAUGUGUUUAUUAGCAUUUUGGUUUAAAAUUUCAAGUAUAAAAUUAUAUAUUAUUAAUUACUUAUGUAUAAUAUGUUUACUUAUUGGAAGUUAUGUUACAUAUUUAGCAAUAUCUCCAUCACCACCUUUACAAGCAACAAAACUUGGCAUUUUUUUAGUUAUAAUAUCAUGGGCACUCUUAAUGGGAUUUGUUUCUUAUUUAAAAUUAAUUGUUAUAUCAGUAUUUAGAAAUACAAUGCUUCCCAAUAUACUCUUUAAUGUAGGUGCAAUUAUGCAAAUAGCAUCUGCAAGUGGUGCAAUAUUUUCAUUUAUAAUAAUUAAUUUUACAAAUUAUUUUGAAGUAUAUGAUAAUUGCACUUAAAUAAUUGAUAUAUAAAUAUAUAUCUUAUUUAUUUUAUAUAUUAUAUAUGCAAAAUGAUAAUUGUAAUAGCACUUUUAUUGAAUAUAUCUUUACAUGAUUUAUAUACUUACAUAUGUACAAAAUUAUAAUAAUGAUUUUUUCAUUAAAGUAGCUUUAAACAAAAAAAUUGAUAAGAUAUAAAAUAUAAAUUUGUAUCUACAAAAAUAUUUUUAUAAUUGUACAUAUGUCUGCAUGUGUCUUUAUGAAUGAAUAGAUAUGGAUAAAUAAAUAAUAUAAAACAAUUAUAGAAAUCAUGAAGUUAUAAAAAUUAUAUAUAAAAUAUAUAUAUUUUAUCUAUUGUUAUCUUAAGUACUGCCUUCCAAUACCGUACUUAAGAUUAUUAAAUGUAUACUACUAGUUUUAAAUUAUAUUUUAUUUAAUAAAGAAAAAUCACAUUUAUGUAUCAUAUUAUCAAUUGUUUAUAAUAUAUAACAAUUAUUUAUUCUAAAUGAAUUUGUUAGAAUAUUUUGAGAACAUAUUCUUUUAUUACGAAUAUUUAAAUAUCCUAAAAUUUAAUGAUUGCCACAUAAUUAAAUUUUAAUAAAUAUUAUAUUAUAUAAUUAAUUAUAAAAGAUUCUUUUGUUUAUUAUGAAAUGUGUGCAAGUAUGUAAUGGAAUUUUAUAAAGUGAUUUAUACAAAUUUGCAAAUAUAAUAAAACGAAUAAAAUAAAAAUAUUAUUUAAA